GGCUGACACUAGAGGGGGAAACUCUACCUGUUACCUGAGAAAAGGAGUGCCAUUCGUCAUCAUCCGAUUCCAAAUCAGGAUCAAGUUUUCCUUCCUCCAGCAAUCCGGAGAGGUAGAAGUCGGCCAGGACCGCCGGGAGCUGAACGAGCGACUGGAGCAGGACGCCGAGCAUGGAGCCUAUCGCUGCGUGGAGCGAGGAGAGAGUCACCAAGUGGCUCCAAGGUCUGGAUGCUCCCACUGAUCAGUACCAGGUGUCGGAGUGGCACCUGUCAGGUCUGGACCUGCUCCAGUUGACGUCCCAGGAUCUGGAGGCUGUUGGAGUUCAAAAGAUCGGACACCAGGAACUGAUUCUGGAGGCUGUGGAGAAACUCUGCUCCCUGACUUAUGGCAUGGGAGGAGAAAACCUGCGCGGUCUGACAGAAAAGCUGCGCGUCGUUGCCCACUCCCUGCCGAUAGCCAUCCAGGGCGGUUGGCGCCACAACAGCUACGACGGACGGAGCGCCACCAAGCUGCCAGCUGGCAUCCUGAAGAACGUCAUAGAGCUUAUCACUUCUGCCAGAGGCCUCUUCUGCUUGCUCAACAGAUAUCAGUUAUCCCAGCUCAGCAGAUACACCUCUACUCAGAGCAUAUUCACCCAUUGUAGAAAUCUGGAGACAUUCGUCCACAAGGAUUCCACCGUCUACGAAAAGGAGAAGGACAUCAUAUCUGUUUGCCGUCAGCUGGUGGAGGUUUGUGACGAGAUCCUGAACUCCAGCUCCGAUUCGCUUCUGACCCACACGGCUCAGCUGGAGAGCGUCAGCCUGGUACCUGCUACACUCGGUGAUCAACUGGGGAUCGAGAUAACGUCCACCAGCUCCAGCAACCACUACGUGACGGGAACGGCUGCUGAGCCUUCCACUGAUGCCUAUUUGCGAGUCCUGUCUGGUGAUGAAGUGAUCCAAGUCAACGACCAGAUAGUGGUCGGUUGGAGCAGAGCCAAACUUAUUGAGAAGGUGCGGGAGAAUCCUGGUGGAGUGACUCUGAUCAUAAAGAGGAUCCCGGGUUCGCUGCAGCGCAAGCAUUCGAUCCAGAUCACACCUGUGCAGGAGGAGGAAGAGGAGAGACGAGUGAGUUCGGAGGAAGAAGAACCGGAGGGCAAAGAGGAGAAUCAGAGGCACUCCAUAUUUGAGAGAGUAGCAGCUUCUGUCAGAUCUCUGUCAUUUAGGCGGGCCAUUCAUGGGCCGGAGGUUCGACAGAAGCAUAUGGGACAGGAAGAGUCUGAGUUGCCUUCUGACAGGGAGCAGGAGAGGACCGUGACGUUAGCUGCAUUUCAGAACCAACCGGGCAGGUUGUCUCCUCUGCCAGCGUCAGUGGCUGAGAGUUUGGAUGGUUCGAGGCGCUCUCCAAAUCUCAGGAAAGACCGAACGCCGUCACCAAGAAGUCCUUCGCCUUUUGAAUUUAACCUAGAAAGAAGCAGCGUCAGCUCCUGCCCAGACAUGGUGGGGCACACGUCGAAUAAGGAAACCAAGAAGAGCUCUACGAAAGGAAUGUCGACAGCUCUGAGCCGGCGCCGAGUCUCCUGCCGGGACUUGGCUCAUCCCGACUGCGACGGCUGGCUCUGGAAAAAGAGGAAGGAGAGCAGCGUCUUCAUCACCCAGAAGUGGCAGCGCUUCUGGUUUGUUCUGAAAGGACCCAAUCUGUACUGGUAUAACACGCAACAGGAUGAAAAAGCUGAGGGUCUCCUAAGUGUAUCCAGCUACAACUUAGAGAGUGGUGGAGAGCACAAGAGAAAACAUGUUUUCCAAAUGACCCAUAAGAAAUUUCAGAACUUCUUCUUCGCCGUUGAUUCUGCCGCCGACCUGAGCAAGUGGAUCAACAGUCUGAUUAUAGCCAUACAGAAGCACAAGAGGCUCCAGAAAGGUCCAGAUAGUGAAGAAGAAUGUUACAGCGAAACUGAAUCGGAGAGCGAAUCGUCUCCUUCAACUCGCAGGAAAAACAAGCAGAAAGUUCAGUCUAACACUCUGCCUCGACCUAAGGGGAAAAUAAACAAGGCGCCAUUACCGACUUCUUCAACAGAGGGCAGCAAAGAUGGUGGCACCGUGGAUGAGAUGGGGAGGAUGUUUAACAACCUGAAGGAAGGAGGCGUUUCUCUGAUUGGCCAUGAGCAGCCGUUCACGCAGGACCACUUCAGGAAGUCGUUCAUCCGGCGCAACAAGAACCCGGUCAUCAACGAGAAGGUGCACACGCUGCGGGCCCUGCACAGCACGCUGAAGGCGAAAGAAGCCGAGUUGCUGCAGAUCAACAAGCUCCUGGAUGAGUCGGACCUGACCGCGUCCAAGUACCGGCGGUGGAAGGAUCAGAACGAGGAGCUGGUUUCAGAAAUCGAGAAGCUGUCCUCGGCGGCAGGCGGCAGGGACGUCGCUCCGGCGGGGGGCGGCAGGGACGGCAGGGACGUCGCUCCGGCGGAGGGCGGUGAGGACGUCGCUCCGGCGGAGGGCGGUGAGGACGUCGCUCCGGCGGAGGGCGGUGAGGACGUCGCUUCAACAGAGGGCAGUGAGGACGUCGCUUCGGCGUGGGACACGUCUGCUGAGGACGUUGCCUUGGAAACGGUUGCCACGGAAACAGCCGCUGCAGAGACUGAGGCAUACAGACUGAGCCUGAGCGACGGUGAGCAGCUCGUCGACGCGGAGCCGUCUGAUGUUCGCCUGGAGAUCCCUCGGGAGUCUCCGAGUCCCGAGUCGAGCCCACUGCUGGAACUCUCUCUGGGAUCUCUGUCGGACUCCAUAAACAAUCAGCUGCGCAAAAAUGCAGAAAGCAGAGACGCUGGUGGUCAUUACUUCUACAUCUAGAACCUCAGCGGCUCAGUAAAGCCCAAUGUUUUCCACGGAGCUGUCGAACAGGAGCGCAUGUUCUGAUAUUUACAUUCAAGGAUCUCUAAACAUUGCCUCUCAAUCAAAGGCUGCAUCCUUGAAGACUUUAUUCUCUUGUUAUAUGAGAAAAAAAUCUGCCAAGUUUUCAGCACAUAUUUAUGAAAUUCUGAAAUAUGUUAGAUUUUGCAUUAUUUUAAAAUUUUCCUGUAGGUCAUGCCUUUUUCAUAUGUUGUGUAAAUAUUUUCCCAUAAUUACUGUUUUCAUUGGUUAACUCACAGUACCUUAAUAAAGGUAUAAAUGAAAAACAUUUGAUGGAACGUUUCCAGCAGAGUUGCAGCUGCUGGUCGAAGCUUUUUCAGCUCUUUUGUCUGUGCUUCACUUCACCUCUUCUGUGCUCUUGCUGAUGAACUCUUCGUCAGACUGACUGACUGUCUGAGCGGUGAAUGAAGCAGUGAAGGCCUCUCCAUGCUGGUUUGAAAGAAUAAAGAGAAUUUAGAUCCAAUAUAUGCAAGUAUAUUUCAGUAAAUUGAAAUAUGAUGAUAAAGAAUUGAAAAGUGAAACUUGUACCCGGAUGGAUGCAUUUUAAAUGUUUGUUUGUGUCAAUUUUGGCACACAGAUAAUAAAACCAAAAAUUCUGUUUCUCAUCAAUUUGAAUAUUACAAAAGACCAAUAAAAACUGACUUUAUGCUGGAUUUUCAGAAUGAGCUAAAUUUCCAAAUGAAAUCAAAAAUUAACUUUUAUCUGAGAAGGGGUCUUUGCACCACUAAACAACAAUCUGUUGCUUCUCACAUUGACUCUUGCUAAGAAGUUGCUGUCCAUGUUCUGGAUCAGCUCCAAACUCUUGACAGAGCUGCUUCACAAUCUUCUGUUUUACCACAUUUUUUCCUUCCACCAAACCUUCUGUUGAUUUGUUUUGAUCCAGCAGCUUGUGACAGUCCUGACUUCUUUAGCAGUGAUCCUUUGUGGCUUAUGCUCCUUAUGGAUGGUCUCACUAACUGUGAAGUCAUAAUAUGAUAAUUACAGCAUUCCUGCAGAGAUAGUCAUUUUUUAAAUUGGUCUCAUGAAAUAUUAUGAUUUUCUGAGAAUGCAAAUAUUGAGUUUUCUUUAGGUGUGCAAAAAUAAACAUUUAUCAGUCAUUGUUUAAUGAAUUUAUAUCAUAGUUUUAAAAUAUUAUUUAAAUUACUGAAAAAAAUACAAGCUGCAUAUUGUCAAUGUGACUCAGAGCAGUAUGACUGACAAUCACUAGUAAAUGUUUUGUUUAUGUCAGGCUCCAUUGGGUGAAUUUCAGUGUUUAUUACUUUGCUUCCUACAUCUGUCCUCUAACAACAAAAAUAAAAUGUUUUUAAUUCUCUGCUUAGCUUUUCUUGACCAGAACACAACAAAACUUUCAUUGUUGUAACGUCAAUCAGAUUUAUCUUCUACGUUGGUUUCAAAUUUAAAUCUAACUAAAUAAUGACUGAAUCCAUUAUCUUCUUAGUUUCAAGUUAAGGUGUUUUCUACACCUGUUUCAAGCCUUGUACCUGUUGUUUAGAUUUACCAAUUGUCUUUUAUUUUUAUCCGCGUUUUUGUUGUGUCCUCCACAGUUAUUGUUAGUAGGGGUGCACUGAUCUUUAAAAAGCCUGACCUGCCGAUUCCAAUUUUUACUGAUACCAAUUUCUAUGUCGGAAAAGUUGCCAGAUAAAGAGACAAAAACGCUAAAUUGGCAUUAGUGGAAUGACUGAUUUAUUUUUAACUGCACACAUUAAAUACGGCGGGUCUGUGUCUGUCACAGUAAAGCUAGAUUGGUUACACAUGUAAAUAUCAUCUGAUCACUCUAAAUUAAAGAAAUCAGGGUUAAUUAUCAACUGGCCAACUUAUCGGUGCACCCCUUAUCAUCAGCCAAUAUGUGUAAUAAUCUCACAAUGAAAAUUUCUGAAAAAUCCAGCCUUUAAACUGAGAACAGUUUGGAAGAAAGGGCCAUGUUCAAAUUUAGCACAGUUUUGUGUAACGCUUAUUGCCUCCCCCCAACAAGGCAAUAAAUUUAUAACUUAUUCCUGUAACAACAAAUAUAAAAUGUUUUUGUUGAACCCAAAAACUCAACCCAGAACCCAACUGAAAAAUGCUUUCAUACUCAAUAACCUUAUUAAGUUUAUCAGCCUUUAGAUGUUUUUUCAUGUCACGAUUUGUUUGGAAGGCAUUCUAGAAAAAUACCUUUUAAUUUCUUCUAUCUCAAAGAUAAAAAUAUGGAGUUCAGUAAAAGGUGCUAGGUCCUGAAUAUUAGGACAUUUUAUUAUCUUGUGACCAGAUCUGAUACAAAACAUAUGACCUAAUCAAUACAGAAAUGCCUUAACAGACAAAAAAAAAAACUAAAUCAGAAAACCUCUGGUGAAAACAACAGAAAGAUCUGGGACUCUGGAUCAUCCUAAUAUGUUGUCGUAUUAGUAAAAGCAGAAAGUAUUGACUUCAGGGGUGUGAAUAACUUUGUCUCCAGUUUAAGCAAUUAUUUUUUUAACCUGAAAAUAAAGAAAAAUGCUGACAACAA